AUGCGUUCAUCCGACGCAUAUCCAGGGCGUUACACCCCUACAUCUCCGCUCUCUCCCAGAUUACCGACUAGUCAUCAGCCACUUUCUCCCCAGCCUACAAGGCCUCGUUCAACACAACAUGCACGACCAGCAGCAAGACAUAUGCAUAUGACGCUGCCAAGGUUUCAUCCAGCAAAUUUCAACCAACUGGACUCACCAGCAACACCGUCUUCUACUACUCAGAGUCCGGCUAUUACCGUAAAUAGGGUCACCCAACCAUUGCAGGCUGAAUCGCCCAGAUUGAUGCGCGAGAAGCAAAAGGAAUUCUUAGAGAGGGCUCAACUAUCUUCCAAGAUUGCGGCAUCGUCGAUGGGCAUCAAGCCUGGCGGCCCACGCCUAGAUCCAUUAGGGAGUCCUAAGGGACCAGUAACGCCGCUUGAGCUCGACGAGGCUGCCGAUUACUUUCAAGUCGCCGGUGCUGGCAAG